AUGCAUGUGCUUGCAAUGUGUCAUGCUGUAGCCAAGACCGUGCCGCCAGCCAUCUGGAGCAGGGACGAUGUGACGAACGAAGACAGCCUCUUCACCUUCCCAAUAGCCGGGCACGAGACAGUGCGGGCCUGCCAAAGCCUGCAAAGUGAUGAGCUGGGAGCAGUGGUGUGGGACGCCGCUGUGCUUCUUUCUUGGUUCCUGUGCCAGCAGCUCGACUGCCAAGUAGGCUUCCUGACCAGAGCGGCCAGAGCGCUUGCCACGUACUGCACCACGUUUGUAAACUUGCUCCUUUCAGAACGAAGCCUUUAUCACCUUUAUCAGUGUAGAGCCUGUCCAACGGUUUGGGCAUGCACUCAAGCAACCUCAUCGAUGAAGCUAAGCCACCUUAACCUGUCAGGUUUCCAUGGGUUUGCCAGACCGCCCGCACCUGCGCAUUCUUGA